AUGUCCAAUAAUCACAACACCCCCUCCAACCCUAAACCUCCACCCAAUUUCCCGAACCCUCCAAACAACCACCAUUCCCAAAUGGGUGUUCCUGGAAACUAUCAAAAUCAAAACUUGAUGCAACCCUUUAUGCCAAACAUGCAACAACAACCACCCCAAUAUAUCAAUGCCCCAAAUCAGCAACAACAGCCACCCCAAUAUAUCAAUGCCCCAAAUCAGUUACAUAUGCCUCCUCAUAUGGCUGCUUUAGGUUUUGCUCCUCAAAUGUUUCCUCUUCACGGACAAGGACAAUUACCUCAAAUGAAUUUGUCUCCAAUUCAAGGACAAAUUUUGGCUCAAAAUAUUGUGAAUUUGCUUCAGCAACCUAAUAUGAACAUGAAUAUGAGUAUGCCAAAUGGUGGUCAAUUUUCUGCACCUUAUCCAAUGCAGAAUAUGAAUCAACAGCUACCUAUGCAAAUGCACAGACCAAACCCUUCUCAAGCUGUUCCAUAUGGUAUGCAUCCUGGUCAACAACAACAACCUAUGUAUGGGUUUCCUCAGAAUCCAAUGUUUUCUGGAAAUUCUCAGUUUCGUGGUGUUGUUCCUGGAAAUUCUCAAGUUAGGCCACAGAUUGGCCCGAAUCUGGGAGGCGGGAACUCGAAUGGUUUUGUAUCGGGUCCUUUUCCGCCUCAGCAGUUACAAGGGAAUAGUUCUGUGCCACAUAAUGCAAGCAAUGCUCAAAGUUCUGCAUUUAGGAAUUCACAUUCACAGGAAAAUCCUAGUAGCAGUAUCAACACUAGUUUUGCAAACUCUAACUGGAAACGAUCGCCAAACAAUAACUUCAAAAACAAACAAAAUAGAGGGGGAUCUCAGGGAGGGUUCCAAAAGUCUAAAUUUCGCGAUAGCAACAAAGGAAACAGGAGAGCAGGGUUUUCAAAAAAUCGUAAGGGUAGAGGCCCCAACAAUGAGAGAGCGGGAGCUUUUGGUUUAAAUUCCGAGGAACAUCAGCAGCAACCAAAAAGAUCAUUUUCUACGAAUUAUUCUGAGCAAGAAGUUCUACGAUGGCGUGAAGCACGGAGAAAGAAUCACCCUUCCAGAGAAAAAAAUGAGAAGAUGCCGAGUGAACAAUCGAACGACUCCAAGUGCAUUGAUCGAGAGGUUCUACAAAGAGAGCUCAAAGAGGUUUUAGCAAAGCAAGCUGAGUUGGGAGUUGAAGUUGCCGAAAUACCUUCAUACUAUCUGAAGAAUGCUGCAAAUCAAGGCCUUGAGAGUGAAGAGAAUACCAACAAAAGAAAAUUCAAGAACAAGGGAAGAAAGAAUCCGGAUAAAAAACGUCGGAACGGCAAGAAGCAGAAGCUGGCUGACAAGAAUUUCUCAGAAAACAAAAAGAAGCCAAGUUUAUUACAGAAACUCUUGAUUGCAGAUAUAAAGAGGGAUCAGAGCUACCUGUUUCAGGUAUUCAGGUUCAUGAAAGCGAAUUCGUUCUUGAAAGAUUAUCCUGAUAAGCCUCUGGUAUAUCCAUCGGUUUCGGUGAAAGAAAUGGGGGGUGAAGUUUAUGAUGGAGGAAAAGAUGUUGUUGAAGAUGGUACCAAGGGAGUAGUUGAAACAUUUGUAAAGGGUAGUGGUAAUGAAGUUAAAGAAAGUGAUGAUGAUGGUGAUAAUGGAGAUGGAAUGGUUGAGUUUGAGGAAGAGGAGGGGGAGAUUUUAGAGUGA